UCACUAUGUUUUCAUUAUGCUUUAAAAACUGUUGCUAAUUUGAAAGUCUAUAGAAGUAUUGACACUUUAUCGUUUGUCACUAAAAGAAUAGACACAUAUUCAUCAAGGUUUAUCAAACCUAACUUUUUUGUUUGCCAGUAUUCAAGUUCAUUUGAAAAUGAUCAAAAUAAAGAAUUAGAAGAACACUCCAAAAAGGGAGGAUUUGCCAAGGCAUUUGAUAAGUUUACUGCCAAAGAGAAUGUACUAGAGGAAAAAGAACCAUCUUUUCUUAAUCUGCUGAAAAACUCCAAAUUUGUUGAUCUUGGAGAUCCUGAAGGAAAGAUUGUGACAGGAACUAUAUUUAAUGUUGUGGAUGAUGAUUUAUACGUAGAUUUUGGAUGGAAAUUUCAUUGCGUUGUUACUAGACCUUCAAAAAAUGGACAUGAGUAUGUGAGAGGUGCUCGUGUCCGUUUGAGUCUGAGAGACCUGGAGUUGUCGUCUAGAUUCCUCGGCUCGGAAAAAGAUCUCACAUUGCUAGAGGCAGAUGCAACACUGCUGGGGCUCAUUUCAUCCCCUACCAGAAGCGGAGUAGUGACGUCAGCCAGUUGAAUUUUGUUAUACCUUUUUAAUUAGUUAUUAAAGUUUUUUCUUUAUUGUUA